CAUCAUCAUAUUCCGGUACCACUUAACAUGCUCCUUAAUGUAUAACCCACGAGUGCGUCUGCAUGAUUACGGAUAGUGGUGAGCUCUGUAGGGGUCCUCUCAUCAAUUUUGCACUUUCCGUCUCGUCCACGCUUCACGCAUCCUUGAACACGUCCACCGACCCCACCCGAUCCGUUCCUUGCAUCCCAACAAAAAUAAUCGAAUGGACUAUAACAACGCUGAAUUUUUUUGAUUUUGAGGGUAGUAUACUUUUACUUAGUAGUGUAUGUCGAGAAUCAGUGUGGCAGCAUAGUCAUCCAAGUCUACAAUGGAUGAGGAACGAAAUGGCGAGCAGAAAGAGGGAGAUGGCAAAGUUAGGAUUAGGGAUCGCUUGAAGCAUUUCACAUGGGCUUGGUUUACGUCUACCAUGUCUACGGGUGGACUGGCGAUUGCCCUGGCGGAAACGCCCCAUCGGUUCAAGGGACUCUACACCAUCGGCGUCAUAGUCUUCACCUUCAACCUCAUUCUCUUUCUCGCCCUCUGCAUCCUGAUGCUCACGCGCGCCAUUCUGGACUUCCCACGCUUCAAGCGAUCCUUCGUGCACCCGCCCGAAUCCUUCUUCUUCGGCUCUUUCUGGCUCUCUAUCUCCGUUAUCCUCGGCGGUAUCCAGCUCUAUGGGCUAACGCAAGGGCCCGGUGGUGCCUGGCUUGUCGCGGCUAUCCGCAUCCUGUAUUGGAUUUACGCAGCCUGCUCGCUCCUCAACGCCAUCCAGCAGUACUGGGUCUUCAUCAUUCGCACUCCGAGACAUCCAAUCCCUUUCAACCCUAGCUGGUUCCUGGCCGGUUACAGCGCGAUGCUGACGGGCACGAUCGCAAGCUUGAUCGCGCCGAGUCAGCUGCCCGAGCAUAGAGUUCCGAUUAUCGUGAGUGGAUGCGCAUAUCAGGGGUUCGGGUGGCUGAUCUCGAUGGUGUUAAUCGUCAUGUACAUCAUCAGGCUCAUGGAAUGCGGCCUGCCACCUCCGCCCGUACGUCCUGGGAUGUUCAUCCCAGUGGGCAGCGCAGCGUAUACUAUCAUCGCGCUCAUCGGGCAAGCGCGCGCCAUCCCUCCUUCCUACGGCUACUUCGCUGCACAUCCUUCUUCGGCCGACACUUUGCAGACGCUCGCCCUCUUCGUCGGCAUUUUCCUCUGGAUCUUUAGCUUCUGGCUCUUCGCUAUCGCAGUCCUCGCGUGUGUAUGGGCGGUUCCGCACAUGGGCUUCGCGCUGCCGUGGUGGGCGUUUAUCUUCCCGAAUGUCGGCUUUACGGUUGCGACGGUGAUGCUUGGGAGGGAGUUGGAGAGCGACGGGGUGUUGUGGGUGGGAAGUGUGAUGACGAUAGGCCUGGUCGCUAUUUGGUGCUUUACGGCGGGGAUGUGCGUUAGGGCUGUGAUGAGGGGGGAGAUCGUUUGGCCGGGGAGAGAUGAGGAUAAAGAUAUGUAGGGGAGCGAGAAGAAGGGAGUGAGACGUGUUGAGCAUGUUCUGAAGUUAUGAGUAGCGGUACUCUCCUCC